AUGGCUGCCAGUGCGAGAGGGCUGCAAAUGAUCGUGAUCGUUUCGGUCUUGGUCGCUCUUUGUGUUAUAUGUGUGGCGUUGCGCGUAGUGGCGCGUUUACGCCGGAGAGUUGGCUUCGGUGUCGAUGACUACCUGAGCAUCUUAUCAAUGGUGCUAAUGCUUGCCAUGCUGGUUGAACUGAUUCUAUGGUGUACAAUUGGAGGAAAUGGCGCUCAUGUCAAGGCGUUGGAUAACGAAACAAUCCAGAACUAUUAUAAGAUCUUCCUCUCCAACCAAUUCACAUAUUUCGUGCUAUGCCCCGCAAUCAAGAUCUCUAUCAUCUGCUUCUACCGCCGAGUCUUCACCACACCCAAAUUUCAACAAUUCACCUUCGGCCUGAACUGCCUCAUUGCCGCCUGGGGAGCCGGAAUUUUCUUUGCUUGCGCAGGACAAUGCCGCCCCCUAAAAGCAUACUGGGAUAAAAGCAUCGACGGACACUGCUUCGACGCCAACCUCUUCUUCAUCGUCAACCAAGCCUUCAACGUCCUCAUGGAUUUCAUCAUCCUCUUUCUCCCCGUCCCGAUGAUCUGGGGCCUCCACCGAGCUUGGCAAGAUAAACUCGCCCUAAACGGCGUCUUCGCAAUUGGAGCCUUCGUCUGCUUUGCCAGUAUCUAUCGCAUCGUGGUCUUGUUUUGGAUCAGCCCUAUCGACCCAACAUACACAGUCUACCAAGCAACAUUAUGGACACACAUCGAACCUUCAGUUGGACUGAUCUGUUCUUGUCUACCCAUCGUCCGUGGCUUGUUCCCGGCGUUCAGCUUGAAGAACCGGUCUAACCGCAGCAAUGCUCCAUACUAUAUUAAUACGGAUAUCAGCAACUCACAUGUCUUGUCCAAGUCGAGUCCUCUUUCGCCAGACCCGGAGUACUUGAAGAUGCAGUCUGCCAUCUAUAGUGGGAGUCAGCCUGGGAAGAGGGACUAUUUGGGUGAUGAGCUUGGGAUUAAGGUCCAGACUGAUAUUGCUAUCCACCCUGACAAUGACUCGACUACGGCGUUGAAGCCGCAUAGUUGA